AAAGUAAAUUUUAAAAAGACAAAACUUGUUUCAGCGUCUCUCAGAAGCUUCUCAGGCUAUCUUAGCCUGCUAGCUGCUAAAAGCGAGACGCGGAAGUUAGCAAUCCAUACUGCGCAUGCGUGGGACGCCAUUUUGGACUACUGUUUUAGAGUAAAACGACAACCUUGCCACUCUGUGUCAGCUCGGCAGCCGAACACGUCGAUAGGCAGAGAUCGAGUGUGAAUGUAAAGUAUUUGUGACUGUGUGAAAAUGUGUAAAGUACAAAUGCUGAGAGCGUUGGUGAACCAGCGACUAAGUGCGGCUGUAGAAGAAAUAUUAGUCGUGUUCGAAAGAACUAUAGCAGAGUACGAGGAGGAACUUUCUCGAACAAAAGAAGAGAACGAGCGACAACGUCAACUACUGGACGCUGUUUUCAAGAAGCCUCAAGAUGACCUAGAAGAUGUCAGUGAAGAACAUCUGCCCUCUAAGCAGCACGACUGGAGCUCCAUGACUGAGCAGGAGGAACCCCAGCCCCCACCCAUUAAAGAGGAAGAGGGGGAACCAGAGCAAGAGCAUCUUGAAGGACUGGAGGAGCUCCCAGUGAUUGGUGUCCUCGUGAAGAGCGAGGAUGAAGAAGAUGAUGCUGAUGAAGACCACUGUGGAGGAUCACAAGCAGACAACCUCUUAGCUCCGCUCUCAGAUCAGGACGACACAACGUCACACUCUCCUGACACUGAUGAUGAAGACUCUAAAGCUGAUAUGACAUGUCACACUGACAACACACACUUUAAAUGCUCUCACUGUGACAAAACUUUUCAUUCACGUUGUUAUCUGAAAAGACACAUGAGAACGCACACAGGAGAAAAACCGUUCAUGUGCUCGGUUUGCGGUAAAAGAUUUUCUCAGAAGCCACAUUUGCAAGAACACGCAAGAAUACACACUGGGGAGAAACCUUUUGCCUGCUCAGUGUGUGAUAAAAGAUUCACCCAUAGGUCAACUUGGAUAAGACACACAGGAACGCACGCGGGCGAAAAACCAUAUGCCUGCUCAGUCUGUAAUAAAGAAUUCUUUCAGAAGUCACUUUUGAAAGAACAUGCAAAAAUACACACUGCAGAGAAACCUUUUGCCUGCGCAGUGUGUGGCAAAGGAUUCUUUGACAAGUCACACUUGAAAGAACACCUAAGAACACACACUGGGGAUAAACCUUUCGCCUGCUCAGUUUGUCACCAAACAUUUUCUCAAAAAUCACACUUGAAAGAACACACAAGAAUUCACACCGGGGAGAAACCUUUUGCUUGCUCAGUGUGUCACCAAACAUUCUCUCAAAAGUCGUCUUUGCUAAAACACACAAGAAUGCACUCUGGGGAGACACCUUUUGCCUGCACAGCGUGCGGCAAAAGAUUCAGUCAUCGGUCAACUUGGAUGAGACACGCCAGAACACACACAGAAGAAAAACCAUACGCCUGUUUAGCUUGUGGUAAAGGAUUCUUUCAGAAGUCACAUUUGGAAGAACACACAAGGACGCACACAGGAGAGAAACCUUUUUCCUGCUCAGUUUGUCGCCAAACAUUCUCCCAGAAGUCAUAUUUAAUAAUACAUGCAAGAACACAUACUGGGGAGAAACCGUUUGUCUGCUCAGUGUGCGAUAAAAGAUUCAGUUAUCGGUCAAAUUGGUUGAGACACACAAGAACGCACACCGAGGAAAAACCGUACGCCUGCUCAGUUUGUAAUAAACGUUUCUCUCAAAAUGGAUAUUUGAUAGCACACAAAAAAACACACAAGGGAGAGAAACACUAUUUUCAUGAUCGUUCAGCAUUGUCUACUCACGUUAAAACACACACUGGUGACAGUGUUCAAUAUAAUAUUGAUGAUAUUGAUCCCUGAAGGGUACAUUCAAUGUUCACGCUGUUCUGUACAGAUUGUGCUACAUGCAUUAAGACACACGUGUGUGCGGAAUUGAAGCUGGGGGAUUCUUGUAUGCUAACGGUGGUUUGCUAUAUGUUUUGAUGUAUGAACUGACUUUUAGUCCUCGUGUAAUUUUUUUCUUACAAUAGGUAACCGCGCAACAUAAUUUAUCAUGAUGUGUAUUGCAAGUCAAUAAA